AUGCGAGAGCCGUCCAACGCGGAUGUCGAUUCAGUGUUGGACCACGGUGGCUUCAACAUGCGAUGCCGGAUAAGUAACCACAGAGAGGUAGUCGCCACCAUACCAGUGGAAAAGAGGGCCAAGAGUGUUGUAGAUUUGGAUUUGGACCAGGACGUAAUGCCAAUCGAAAGGGCGCUGGCUGUAAGUUGGUGCGUCAAGUCUGAUAGGUUUCGCGUUUACGUCGAUGUACAGAAGCGUCCGCCCCCACGUCGUGAGAUCCUGUCUAUAGUUAGCAGUGUUUAUGAUCCACUUGGUUUUCUGACUCCAUUCGUGUUACGUGCAAAGGGACUGUUGCAAGAGAUAACGAGGCUGCAGUUGGGCUGGGACGCAACCAUUCCAGAUGGUCUUCUUAACCAGUGGGCGUUUUUGGCGGCAUGA